GUUGACCAGCAGAUAUUUACAGAGUGAGGACUAUGCGAGCAGCAGCGAUCUCCACGCCAAGGUUAAACAAAAUGCCAGGGAUGUUCUUCUCUGCUAAUCCAAAGGAAUUGAAAGAAACGGACCAUUCACUUCUAGAUGACAAAACUCAAAAAAAGAGGCCAAAGACUUUUGGGAUGGAUAUGAAAGCAUACCUGAGAUCUAUGAUCCCACAUCCAGAGUCUGGAAUGAAAUCUUCUAAGUCCAAAGACAUUAGACUCUCCGCUAAUGAAGUAAUGCAGUGGUCUCAAUCUCUGGAAAAACUACUUGCAAACCAAAUUGGUCAAGAUGUCUUUGGAAGUUUCCUGAAGUCUGAGUUCAGUGAGGAGAACAUUGAGUUCUGGCUGGCUUGUGAAGACUAUAAAAAAACGGAGUCUGAUCUUUUGCAUUGCAAAGCAGAGAAAAUAUAUAAAGCAUUUGUGCAUUCAGAUGCUGCUAAACAAAUCAAUAUUGACUUUCGCACUCGAGAAUCUACAGCCAAGAAGAUUAAAGCACCAACACCAACGUGUUUUGAUGAAGCCCAAAAAAUUAUAUAUACUCUUAUGGAAAAGGACUCUUACCCCAGAUUUCUCAAAUCAAAUAUUUACUUAAAUCUGCUGAAUGACCUUCAGGCUAAUAGUCUAAAGUGAUCAGUUCCUAGCUGGAGAGAAAUGAAGAUGGUUUCGAGGACAGAAGGAAUGUGCCACUUAAUGGCUCCCUGGGUGAACAACCUGGCCCUUUUGAGUGACUCCACAGGCCCAGGGGAAGAACAAAUGAUUCAACAUGGAUUCACAUGGAAGUUAUCCAGGCUCAGGAUCGAAGAAACAUGAGCAAGAUGAAACCCAAGAGACAGUAAAAGGAAGGAGACACUGUGGUACUGUCUCCUUCAUACAGUGGACAUAUCAGAAAAAUCUCUCAGAACUGAGAAGGCUGGGAAAGUCCAGUUACACAGAAACUGUGAAUAAAGAUUUUGAAACUGAUUAAAACAUGCUAUAAGCUUCAAGGUCAGCUUAUAUUUAUGCUACAUAUUAUUAUAUAGAGAUUUAUUG